AUGGCGGACAUAAAGCAGACGACCAGCGUUCACUCGGUCGUCUCCGCAGGCGCCGGCGCCGACGCCAGGCUCGCCUCCAUGGGCUACGAUGCCGAACUCAAGCGCAAUCUCAGCAUGAUGACCAUCCUCGGUCUCAGUUUCUCCAUCAUCGCCGCCCCCUUCGGUCUCAGCACAGCCUUCUCCAUCGCACUCACCUGCGGCGGGCCCAUCACCAUCCUCUACGGCUGGCUCCUCGUCUCGAUCAUCUCGCUCUGCAUGGCCGCUUCGCUUGCAGAACUCUGCUCCAUGUACCCCACCUCGGGCGGCGUGUAUGUCUGGGCCGCCUUUGUCGCAACCAAAAAGUGGGCGCCGCUCACCUCGUGGAUCGUCGGCUGGGUCAGCCUCGUCGCCAACUGGACUCUUUGCCUUUCGAUCAACUUUGGCGGCGCUCAGCUCAUCAUGGCCGCCAUCUCCCAGUUCCGCAACAACGAGUGGGCCCCUCAAGCGUGGCACACAAUUCUCACCUUCUGGGCGUGCAUGCUCAUCGCCGCCGUCGUCAACGCCUACGGUGUCAAGUACCGAUACCUUGACCGCCUCAACACGCUCUCCUUCUACUGGACUGCCGCUGGCACCAUCAUCAUCGCCAUCACCGUGCUCACCCGUGCUAAGGACGGCCGCAAGGAUGCCAAGUUCGUCUUCUCGGGCUGGGAGAACACCAGUGGCUGGCCCGACGGAUGGGCCUUCUUCGUCGGCCUUCUGCAGGCCGCUUACACGCUCACUGGUUACGGAACCGUCGCCGCGCUCUGCGAAGAGGUGUCGGAGCCCGAGAAGCAGGUGCCCAAAGCCAUGGUCUAUUCCGUGCUCGCAGCCAGCAUCACCGGCUUCUUCUACCUCAUCCCAAUCCUCUUCAUCUUGACUCCCGAUGCCGCCGACCUUCUCUCCACCGCCGCUGGACAGCCCAUCCCCGUCCUCUUCUCCCUCGCAACGGGCUCCGCUGGUGGGGGCUUCGGUCUGCUCUUCAUCAUCCUCGGCGUUUUCACCUUUGCUGGCAUCGGCUCGCUCACCGUCGCCCUCCGCUGCACCUGGGCCUUUGCUCGUGACGGCGCCAUUCCCGGCAGCAAGUACUGGAGCAAGGUCAACAAGACGCUCGACCUGCCGCUCAACGCGCUCAUUCUCUCGACCAUCGUCGUCUCGCUGCUCGGUCUCAUCUACCUCGGUAACACGGCCGCCUUCUCGGCUUUCACCGGCGUCGCCACCAUCUGCCUUAGCAUCAGCUACGGCGUACCCAUCGCCGUGGCCAUGUUCAGGCGCCGUGCCAUGCUCAAGGAUGCGCCAUGGACGCUGGGCAAGUUUGGCUACGUGAUCAACGCGAUCACCUUCGUGUGGAUCGUGCUGGCCACCGUGCUCUUCUGCAUGCCCACCACCGCUACCGUGGAGGCCUCGACGAUGAACUACGCCUCGGUCGUGUUCGCCUUCUUCUUUGUGCUCAGCGCCGCGUGGUGGUUCGCCUGGGGCAGCAGACACUACGUCGGUCCCCUCGGAGCGGCGCCAGAAGACGCCAUGGCUCAAAUCCGCCCGGAACAUGCUCACUCGACCGCGCUGCCGACAGAUUCGAAGCCUGCUGUCGAAGUCGCGAGCCAUAGCUCCGAGGAGAAGGACGCGGCCCAUAAUCUGUAG